GAUGCACAGGAGGCAGCCAAUGGGGUUGCAGGGCGCGCUGGUUGCUUCUGGGUUGUUUUGAAGGAGGAAGAACUGAAAAAAAGGAGCCAAGGAGGGUCCGGCAAUGCUGGAGAGAGAAGAAAAAGAAGGGCGAGGAGGGGCCAAAAUGACCCUCUCUGUCCUCCUGGCGGGAAGAUCGAAGAAGCAGCGACAUGGGCGUCGAAAUGGACAGCGACUGCAGGAAAAAGCCCUGCGUGUCUUGAGUUGCCAUCAGAACCUGGACGAACUCCUCCGUGAAGUGGGAAGUUCUGUAUGUAAAGAAGCAUUAUUAAUUCCUGAUAAUUCAGGCCGAGAAUCCUCAGAACUGCUUCUGGUCUCUGCUUUGCAGGAUCAAGCCACUGCCUUGGGUUUGCCGGUGGGGAUCCUCUCGGCCAGAACGGCUGCAAGGAACCUGGAGAAGAUCUCUGCGGAGUCUGGUCAGGCCACGCUGCUGAAAGGAGAGCCAAGAGAAAAGUUGUCUUGCCUGCUGAACACUUUGAAGGAUCUGGCCUCCCAGAAUGCUUUCAGCCCAUCGUUGUUUGCUCAAGAAAUGUGGAAAAUGCAGAGCCCACUCACCCUGGACAUGGCAUGGCACCUCCACAGAGAAGGCCUCUUGAGCCUGGACGAGCUGCUGGAAAAUAAUCCAGACACGUCUGCGUUGGUGGAUUGGCUGUGCCGUGGUCUUUGCCUUUUGUGCAGCGAAACAGAAAGCUCUUCCUUGGACUCAGAGCACCUGGGGAGCCUCCUGACAGGCCUGGCAUCUGUCUUCCUUCGUCACGGAUUUCCGAAGACGUCUGAGCCAGGAAAGAAGUCGCCAAGGCUGUCCAAAAUUUACUGUGCUGUCCUUGAGAGGAUGCUGGCAUGGCUGCUUGAUUCUGUGGCCAAAGAGAAGCAGGAAGGCUCUUCUUCCCUGAAGGCUGCAAAAAGCUGGCUCCAUGUGUUUACUGUGAGUGCCUACCAAGGCCUGGUCCUGCCUGAGGCCCUGCAAGACUUCUUCAGCCAAACUUUGACCCAAGUUCUGACCUACAACCCUCAGCUCAAAGUUUCCGAUGCCAUUCCUCUCCAGAGAGAGUGGAGCUUUGCUCGGACCAAUGCGGUGCUCGCCUUGCUCUACCGCAAAUUGUUUGUGCCCUUCAAGCCGGAGGAGUUGGUCCGCCAUUUGCAGCACGUCCUGGAGACGAGCGAAGUCAACUGGCAUCACGUCCUCUCCUGCGUUUCCACGCUGCUGGUCUGCCAGUCGGGAGCCGCACCACUGAUUAAAGACUUCCUGAGCCAUCUGCUGAAGAAAGGCUUUGAGGACUAUGACUUGGAAAGCAUGAUGACGGCGUUCCUGAUCGCGCGCCAGGCUGGCCUGGAGGGUCCUGCCGUUUUCAUGCCUUACGCAGAAUGGUUUAAGGUUGCCUUUGGGAGCUCCAGCGGCUUCCACAGCGGCAGCAAGAAGGCCUCGGUCUUCCUCUUCAAGUUCCUCUCGGAGUUGGUGCCUUUCGAAGCCCCACAGUAUUUGAAGGUGCACAUCAUGCUCCCGCCGUUUGUCCCGGCCAAAUACCGCCCGCUGCUCCUGGAAUACAUCUCUUUGGCCAAAACCCGUCUGGCCGACUUCAAGGUUUCCAUAGAAGACAUGGGCCUCUAUGAGGAUUUAUCUUCCCCAAAGGAAGCCGUCCAGCCUCAAUGCCAGGCCCUUCAGGAUGUCGAAAAGGCUGUGCAGAUAUUUGAAAACACGGGGAGGAUCCCAGCGAGUGUCAUGGAAGCCAGUAUUUUCAGGCAGUCCUACUAUGCAACGCGUUUUCUUCCCGCUUUGCUUGUGCCGCGUCUGCUUCCGGAAAGACCAGAUCCCCGCAUGGCUUUGAUAGAAUCCCUCAGAAGGGCUGAAAAGAUUCCUCCAAAUGCGUACAAAACAUAUAUCGAAGAAUGCCGAGUUGCAAAAGAGAAGCUCUUACAAGAUGGAUCGGUCGAAAUGGAGACGAGCGAUUUGAAAGAGCCUUUGGAACUGCUCACAGCUGAGCUUGAGAUACUCCGAGAGUUGAUUGCGGAUCAAGAAAAGCAGGAGGAGCUUCCGGUUCAGAUGGCUCGUGUCUCGGAGGCACUGGCGGGUGUCCUGGGACCCACCAACGACCAGGAGGAAGCAGAUUCUGUGGACGUUAGGAUCUGCUUGGAUCUUUCUGUUCCUGAAGUCCCGCAACAGCAUCAAGAGGCUGUGGAUCUUCUGCUGACGGCGUUUUGCAAGAAUGUCAUGUCUGCGUCGUACUUCCUCCCACCAGAGAGGCAGGGCUCCUGGGCCUCUCUCUUUGCCAAAAUGCUUUGCGGACACCGCCGGGCCCUGCCCUCCUUGCUGAGCCGCCUUUGCCAACUUAUUCACCAUCAGGGCUCUUCUCUCAGGGACGCUCACAUCAUGGGCUUGGCUGUCUUUGCGAUCCACUUGAACGAAGCCAAAGCGUCCAUCCCGGCCAUCGACCUCUGCUCUUCGCUGGACCCUUCCUGCGCUUCCACGAGAGGCCUUUCUGUAUCCGAACUCUGGGAUUACUUUUUGGAUUGCCAGGCAGGAGAGUCUGCCACCUUCUGCAUGAAGUUUUGUGUUGUGGCACUUUCUUACUUUCUCUGCAAGUUUGGCUCCCUUCCCCAUGACUCCUUAUGCUCCGUGCUUCAUCCUGGUUUUGUGAAAAAGCUUCAGUACGUUGUUCCCCUUCUUUGCUCGGAAGCCCGAAAUACAAGCUGGGAAGGCAGCAUGGAUGAUGACCUUCCAUGGAAAACAUUAUCCCACCCCAGCCUCUGCUACUCGAAAGCUGCCUUAUGCUUAUGGAAACAUCGCCUUUUCAAAGAACUAUUGCGGGAGAAAGCCUUUCAGCUGACUCUCCAAGAAUGGCUUCUGAUGGAACUGGCAGUCUGUCCCGACGAAGACGUUCUUUCUGCCGUUGAGAGGCAGGACUUCCAUUACUGGGCUCUGUACCAGCACUUUCUUCCUCUGUCUGUCGCUGCUGGCGGCUGCGAGGGAGACCUAAGAGAGGCCUGCGCCGUUCUCCUUGACGCCGUCUUGGAUUUCGGACAGAGGGGCUCAGUGAUACACACACCAAGGUCUGAGUUGGGAAAGUGUAACCAUCCAAAUAACCCCAAACGUUCCACAUUCCAGAGGAGAGGGAACCCCGAUAUCUACGCCAGAUUGCAGGAGAUGCUGCUGGAGCUGGAGCUGGAGCGCAGGAGAGCCUGGCCUGUGUCCGGUGGCGGCAAAGAGGAGCUCCUCUUGUUCCGGGUUUUCCAGAAGAGGCUCAAAGGGUUGAAGAGCGGGGAAGAAAUGCACCGGCAGCAAGAACUGAUCCUUCAAACCAGGAUCCUCUUGGGUCUCCCACCUUCGGCUCUCGUUGCGACGCGGCAGAAAGGCAAGGAAGUGGCUCUGGACUGCGAAGACUUCUUUGGUUUUGUCAACACAGAACUGAGGAACGUCUGCUCUGGAGGCUGUUCGCUCUCUUUCGACAUCACUGCACAUUUCUUCAGGGGCUUGCUGAGCGCCAGUUUGGAGUGUGACAAACCAGCAGAAGAAGUGACAGCUUUGCUCUCUCUGUGCCAAGCCAAGUGUCCCAUCGUCUUAUGUUCUGCAGCUCGGUGGUGGUCGAGGUUGGAGCCGGUGCUUUGCUCGGAAUGGAAGAGGCUCUUUGAUGCUCCCUUGGCUAAAGGAUUGCAAAACCUCAGGGCCCUGCAAGCCUCCGUCAGCAGCUUCCUUUCCUCAGAAGCAACUUCCCUGAUGGCCGACACCCCCUGGCUUUCUGCUGCCUUCCUGCAUUUCACUCUUCAGCAGCAAAUGGUGCCUGAAAGGAUGGGAAAAAUACUGGAAAGACUGGGACCUGGAGCAGAACAACUCCUGGUGUCCCUCCUCUUCUUCUCGAUGAUGGAUGUCAUCUCCGCGAGAAUAGCGCUGCAAGAAGGAGUGGAUGCUCAAAAGGCCACCGACUGGAGCCUCGCGGUGCUUCAGCGUUUGAACAAACAAAACAUAUCCUGGCUGUCAGUCUUCACUUCAACAGGGCCAGCUCAAGGCCCCGAAAAGAUCCUUCACAGCGCUGCAUCGGAUCAACAUUUGAAGCUGAUGCCAGUUGCCUUUUACAGCCUCCUCUCCGCCUUCGACUCAGGCCAACUGACCAGAGAGCCCAGGUUCCUGCAUGUGGCUGUUGACCAGUACACCCAGUUGCUGCAGCUCUUUAUGGAGGGGACGACGGAGAUGGGACCGAGCCCGAGAGAGCCAAGUCUGUGCACCAAGGAGCCUGAGGAGCCAUUGGCGCUGAUCCGGAUGGCACGCCGGUUUCUGUUCCAACUAAUCCCCAGGUGCCCCCAAGGAAGCUUUGUCAACCUUCAACAGUUGCUGGACCUCUGUGGGCUCCUGGACCCGGAGCUCAAGGCGGCUCUUGCGGAUUUGGGCUCCGAGGGGGGUCUCUUGGAUGAAGAACCGCUCCUCUUCUGAUGGCUUCGGUUGGAAAACAGAAAGCUUAGAGGGAGAGCAAGACGGGCGCGCUGGACAACACCGCAGCGGAGAGGAACACAAUCAUCACAGCAAUGGCGGCAAGCAGGCGUCGUCGAGUCCUUUCCCCCCUUAAAAUCCCUUAUUUGUGUGUGUGUGUGUGUUAAAAACAUACAUUA